AUGGACAACUGGCACACAGCACAAUGUAAAAAGCCCGACAUUGCCAUCUUUCCAGGACUUGAUGUUCCAACAUGUAUGAACUGCGGAGGAAUUUGCCCUUCUGAUAGAGCGGACAACAAACACAACGAUGAACUUCAGAUUCCAUCACCGGGAAAGCGGUCUGCUAUGCAGUUGAACUGGCCACCAUCGAUGUCAUAUCAGGAUUACGCCUACCGCCAUGAUCCUAAUGGCUUGUUGCACAAGGCUCUGGUUUCACAGGUAGACCAAGGAUGGUGCGAUAAGGGACCAGACAAGCACAUGCCUUGCUCCUCCAUUACCAAGUCAUCUCAAUCUCCAUCUUCGCAAGUAAGCAACACUUCAUAUGAGUCGCUAGAUGCCAGGGUGCAGAACAAGAAGAGCCAGAAAUGGUAUCGUCAGAAGGAAAGAAAAAUCCUACAUCAUAUGAAGCAGUUUCAUAUACCUGGGCCAAAGGAAAUGGCAAGCGGGAAAAGGACCACGUCAUAUUCAUCGGAAAUCGUUGGGAUAUACUACCAAUCACUGAGAACUGCUUUGAUGCAUUUACAAAACUGUCGACUUGACGAUCAAGAUAGGUGCCUAUGGGUUGACGCAAUCUGUAUCAACCAGUCUGAUGUUUCCGAAAGGACUCAUCAAGUCGGCAUGAUGAGAGAGAUUUACUCGACUGCCAGCCGUGUUCUGAUAUACUUGGGGAUAGGUGAUGCUGGGAGCGGCUCGGAAUUUACGCAUGAUCCCGAGAUUCUGAGUGGCAACUCAUAUUUCUCGCGUAUAUGGGUGGUACAAGAGAUCGCAUCUGCGAAGCAGGCGCUCGUUUUGUAUGACCGUCAAGCCAUGCACUGGAGUUUUUUCCACAGGAACCUGUGGGGCUUGCCUAGUAAGAGAUGGAUGCGGCACUUUGGUUCUCCCCGGCAGAUCGAUGAUGCUCAUGGGUUCUUGACCCUGCUGGGGGAUACGCGUGACUGCAAUGCUUCGGAUCCAAGGGACAAGAUCUUCGCCUUACUUGGGCUCUGGAAGAGCCCUCUGGAGCCGGACUACAAGCUCUCGCCUCAAGCUGUGUAUACAGGAUUGGCUUCCAGCCUUGUAACGGAUGAAAACCACGAAGUGGCUGGGCGACUACUUGAUAUGGCGACCCAUGGCCGCUCGAUGAUUGGCCUCCCAUCAUGGGUUCCAGAUUGGAGCGUAAAGAGUCAACAGCCGUACCAACGGCAGUGGAGCAGUUGUUUUGACUUUCCCAUGAAGUCCCUGCCAAAGGGCGAUGGGAGAUUCCGGGUCCAUCGCCAAACUGGCUCUUUGUGUGUUCUGGCCGCCAAGAUCGACACAUUGGCCCCAUACCUCUCCUGUGGGUUCCGGUCGAGCACUAAUGGACUGAUUAUUGUAGAAGCUGGAUGUAUUCGGGUUUCACUAACCCCCGAGGUCCUGCGCAAAUGCGAACCGAAUGAUCGUAUCUUCCGUCUCUCUGGAUGCGAAUUCUGUCUAAUCCUUCGAGAGAAAGCAGACCCCGACAUCUAUAUUUUUAUUGGUCUUUGCGGGUACUCGUUGUUAUUGAACGGUCAACAUCCGCCGAUAGAACUAGAUGCCAUCAGAUAUCUUCAGGACUGGGCGUGGCUUUUGUCGCUCGGGGAAAGACGGUUUUGGUCUGACUUUGCGACUUGGGAGACUACACAGAUCUGUUGGUUGGCUCUUCGAAGGCAGAGGAAACUCGAAACUCAAGCGUUUCUUCAGAGGGUAGUCAGAAAAGCCCAUUUCCUGAAAAAAUCGCGUGAUCUGGCUACGGAAGAGCGACAUGCCAUGAACAAUUACAACAAAGACAAAGACCGAUUGACGAAAUUCUUUCAGCGCCAAUGGAUGAAAACCUAUAAGAGAUGGCAGCAAGCGGAUGAACUAUUAGUUGUGCAACAUAAGGAACGCAGAUCCGUGAUCAGGAAAUUGCUUCCAGGCUAUAGAAGCCUAGAAUCAUUGCAAGGAACGUCCACCCAACCUCCACUGGGACAGUCGAUGUGGCUUCCAGUGUCUUUCUCUUGGUUUGGAAGAAAACCCAAAUCAAGAGAAACUCUCAUGGGUGGGCCAAUCGACCUACAUACCGAAUACCCAUUGCUCGCGGCCUGUGCUUCCAGGAACAUCCCAUUGCCCCCCCUACAUUUGAUCACGGAUAUCAAGAGCCAUAUUACGCUUUCGCUUGAUCUCGAACUUGAGAAUGGUAUCCGACAGCUACAGAGAUUGGCACUAGAGCGCUUCCCGCAGGAACCGCUAGCUGAUGAGAAGCUCGUCGUCUCCUACGAUUUAAAGACCUCUUAUCGCCUCGACUUCAAAGAGAAGGAGUGGGCUAUUUUCUUGCAUUGGCUUUCUAGGCCAAUGUCACCGAGCUAUGAUAAGCUGAGAUAUGGAUUGAGAAUGGAUGUCCCACUGAUUUGGGAAGUGGGAUUUGUAACACAAGGCCAACUUGACGAAGCUCAUAAGUGGCUGGAUGAUAACUUUGAUCACUAUAUUAAAGCGCUAUCCUCCUCAUCCAGCACCGAAGCAUCCCUCAAUCAGUUUUUUGAGCUUAUAUACUGUGAACAGUUCGAACUCCUUUGGCUGUUUGUCUUUCGUUCAUACUCAACCUUCAUCAAUAGGGUUCGUGGAGUUCCUCGUAAUAGAAUCGGCGCCGAGUUGGCACGUGCUUUUUUCUGGAGGUUCAACCGCAGUAUCAAUAAGGCUUGCCAAGUCGUUGGAAAAGGGCUUCUCACCGAUGAGAGGAUUGAGGAACAAUGGACCAAGUUCCUUGAUUGGCUGACACAACGAUCGUUUAAGAAGCCAGUACGGCAAAUACCGUCGAAAGGGUAUGAUGAGAGGCCGCGGUUGCUGGUUAAAGAAGAAAAUAGCGGUACUUAUCAUGGGGAUUACUGCUUGAACAAAAUCAAGUAUCACGGGUUGUUUAUCGUGCCGAAAACACCAGAGCCUCCCUUAGAACGGUCCAAGGGCGUAGAGUCCCUUUCACAUCCACAGCCGCAGGUAUUGUAUGAAAAGCCGAGAUUGCCUGACCUCAUCCAGUCCGAAAUUCGGCGACGAAGGCUUGCAGAGAGGGUAUUUGCUUUUCUAUUCAACGACACUGAGGACGCACAUCAACCAACGAAAUCUGAAGACAGAGAUUUGGAAGAACUGCUUGCCUAUGAUCAGCCAUCCAAUUGCGGCGAGCCUUUCAUUCAACGCUGGAGACAGGAGGCUGAGUCAUGGAAGGCCGUGGAGCAGUACAUUUCGAAAUCCCAGUGGUAUAUGAGUGGCGUGAAAAUGGAUCUCUUGCGCGGAUCGAAAGAGGAUGGGGAUAUGUAUAGGGAAAUCGUUAUUGUUUGA